AUGCCACAUUUCCCAAAGGACUCGGGCUUCACGCCCCAAACAAGCCAUGCUAUCACAGUCAAGAACCGUCGCAAGCGGUAUCUGGACCUACAUCCAGAAUACUACUCGGCAGAUCUUGAGCUAGCCGACCCUUUACUGUACGAUCGCCUCAUCCGCCGGUUCCAAACGCCACAAGAAAGAGAAGCUGCUGGGAAAACCCUGGGAUUCUCGGGCAUCCUGCAAACAGACAUCAUGAGAUCAGAGGCCAGGAUGAACGCCAUUGCCCACCCCGAUCCUCACGCCAUAAUGAGCUAUACUCGCGGCCCCGAUGGGGAAAUCCUCGCCGAGGACCGUGAUGACAUUCCUCCAAAUAAAGAAGAAGGCGAGCGACUCUGGCAGUGGGAAAUGGGGCUGCGGUUCAUACAGGGUAACGACCCAGAUUUCGAUUACACAACUGUCGAUGAUAAUGACGACUACGACGAUCACUCGGACAAGGUAGAUCAGUACUUCGAGGAUGAGGAACCCGAAUGGGUAGUUAACGAUACCCGGGGGAGUGAUGCUCGACCAAACCUUCAGGGAGAGACUGGCGUUCAAGACUUUUGA